UGUUCGUUUAAAAACCCUUAUUUGUAUUUGAUAGCAACAACGACGAUGAUGAUGUCCGAUAUCUCGCAGGAUUUGCUAGAGGAGAUUCUCUCUAGGGUUCCGACAACAUCUCUGGGAGCAGUGAGGUCUACUUGCAAGCAAUGGAACGCUUUAUCCAAAGAUCCGAGCUUUGCAAAGAAGCAUUGUGGUAAAGCAGCCGAGGCAAUUUUGGUGAUCAUGUUGAAUGAUUUUAGGGCUCAAUUAAUGAGCGUCAAUCUCCAUAGCAACAAAGACUUGGUAGACCCAUCUGUAAAGGAGAUAUGUAACUCAUUUGUUCAAGUCUUUCACUGCGAUGGCUUGUUGUUAUGCGUCCCUAAGGAGAACAGCACCAGCCUCCUGGUUUGGAAUCCGUAUUUGGGACAAACAAGGUGGAUCAAACCCACAAGUGGGAAACCCACAAGUAAUUCCCACUUGGUUGAAAGGUAUGCUCUCGGAUACGACAACAAUCGUAACCACAAAAUCUUUAGGUAUUUAAAUGAUUACGAUGAUAAUGCUAGGCAACUAAUUGUUGGGUUCGAAAUCUUCGAUCUUAAGUGUAAUAUAUGGAAGGCUCUUGAUGUCACUCCCGACUGGUAUAAGCCAUACUCUUUUUGUGGGUGGGUAUCCGUGAAGGGAAAUACUUACUUUGUUGCUCAGAAAAUAUUGGGAGGAGGAGUGCGCACAAAUUUUUUACUCUGCUUUGAUUUUACAAAAGAGAGUUUUGGACGGCAUCUGCAUCUGCCGUUUGACUUUCAUCCUGAAUAUGGUGUGACUCUAUCUUCUGUUAGAGAAGAGAAGCUUGCAGUGUUAUUUAAAAAAUGGAAUGCAGAUGAUAUGGAUAUAUGGAUUACAACUAAGAUUGAGCCCAACGCGGUGUCAUGGAGCUACUUCUUGAAACUUGAUAGGACAGUCAUUGGAAUACAGAUAUCUGUGAAUUUCUUCAUCGACGAGAAGAAGAAAAUUGCAGUGAUUUAUUCUAAAGACCGUAAAGAGAGCAACAACUUCACAGCUUACAUGUGUGGAGAAGAUGGAUACUGCUACCAAGAAGUGCAUCUUGGAGAAUCUGGAUCUCGGCCAUUUGUGUACCCUUAUGCUCCAAGUUGGGUGCAGAUCCAGUAAUGUCUCCAGUAUUAUCUCUACAAGGAUGUUUUGUUCUUUUUUGGUUUUCUUUCUUGCAUCUCUACAAGUAUCUUUUCUCCGACCAACAUAUUUCCUCUGUUAUGAUAAGAAUCGCUUAUCUGUACAUAGAAACAGUAUCCUCUGUUAUGAUUAGUUCAUAGGUUGAAAACUGUUUAAUGA